AUGGAAACAAUUACCCUCCCGGGGUACCGAGCCGUCUCCUCGUUAGCGGAGAACGGGCAUGGAAUCGCGACACUCAUUGCAAAGAAGUGUGCCUUCCAGGAGCACGAUCUGCGCCUUGGCAACACCAAGCUGGAAGCGUCCCUCGUCGAGAUAAUACCCAACAGCUGGCUGAAGAACAGCGUCUACGUUAUGAAUGUGUACUGCUCUCCUAGGGACAACCGGCAGACCUUCUACAGCCUGACGACCAAGGCGUCGUCCAAGAACAGGAGGUCAUACAGCCUUGAGCUUUGGGGCCUCUUUCUGUUGAAAGCAGGAGUACCGGUGUACAAGAAAGGGGAGCCUUGCAGUGCUUGCGGCAGUGAUUUCGAAUGUGACGUUACGAAAUUAUGUGUAGAAAAGGUCAAGAUUUCGACCUCCGGUGAGUCCAGAAUCGACGGGGCUCCCUCCUUGCUGGCCAUCGUAGGCAUCGGCGCCGCAGUGAUUAUCUGCGUAGUGGUCGUCAUCUGCCUCGUCGUUGUGCACACGAGAAGGCGUAGAACCGGCACGGGCGCUGCCGCGGCUGCCCAGUUAACGGCGGAUGGCUCUAACGAGGCCGCUGCCGGGGACGCUGCCGGGGCCGAAGACCACAAGAUGAGCGAGGCCGAAAAGACGGCCGACGGCGCCGAUCACGAGGAUGCUGCGGCUAGCCACGAAGCGCUCGCGAAGAAGUGAUGCGGCCUGA